ACGUGUCGUGUAAUUAUCCUCACUGCUCAUGUUAAAUUAUAAAUCUGGAUCAGUACAUUUCCUUAAAAUAUUUCUUGCACAUUCCGAUGUCUAGUUUGUUUUGGUUUUCCCUGUUCGGCGAAGAAGAGAGUGGUGUGACUGGUGACGAGAAGGUUACUCAACCUGUGAACCCACCCGUGAUACCAGCUCUGCGAGACAGAUCACUCUCUGCUCAGUUCUUUAGCUUUUUCUCAGAUGAAAAUCAGGUGGUGAAUGCAGAUGCCUGUAAUGAAGUAGGAGCGAUUAGCAAUAGUCCGGUUGCUAAGACUCUGUCAGAAAUGGCUCAAAGCCUGUCAGAAAUGGCUGAUGAGACCAUUAGGACAUUUUCACCCGCUCCUGCUGUUGUUCCGCCAGUAGAUCCAAUUGUUGUUCAACCCGCGAAAAUUUCGUACCGUAGAAAGACAGUGUUUGCUCCGACGGGUCAUUUAACCCAGGUGUUGGGACCUAGUGGUAAUCCAAGUUCUGGACCUUCACUGCUACUUCAAGCUUCCCAGAACCCUGUUAAUUCCAUUCCCGAAGAGCCUGAACCUGCCAGCACCCUUGAGGUACCGGACGAGUUUUAUCAUAAUUUCCCCUCCUACAAAUCCGUGAAAAAAGAAAAAGAAGUUCCGCUCCUCACCUCAUUUUCCCGCAACCGGGCUUCUUUUAAAGACAGAGAGUCGGCAGUUUCUCAGAUCGCUACGAGAACAAAAACCGAGCUCGAGGAGUCGGCCCAAGAACAAUUUACAGUCAGUAAUUUGACUGGUUUACCGUCAGCUGGCGGUCAGAAAGUAUCCCAAUUAUCAAGCAUUUCUGAACAAGAAAGUCCAAAUCUGGAUCCGGAGACGCCGGAAAUUUCGUCUGUUAAGGAAGAAUCAUUGCCGUCCGUCGAAAAUCAGCCCGGUGCAAUUUACAAAUACGACUCUGAAGAUUACAUGACUGAACAGGCAGCGAACAAGAACAUGUACACAGAAUCAGACGAUGACGAUGUCAUUACAGCAGACUUAGAUUUCGAGAUUUUCAAGCCUUUACCUGCUUUAACGAAUUCGGCAGAAAAUCUUUACUUUGUGGACUCAAACUCAAGCCUAAAUGGGGACAGCGAACCACUAAACUUGAUAGAUCAGCUCUUGGAACUCGGAUUUCUAACUGAGGAAGAGAAAGCUAAGCUUCAGAAAGUUUUGGCUGCAGAUGAAAACUUACAGAAAAAUCAAUAUAAUCAUUUCAUCAAAAAGCACAAAGACUUGUACAACGAACGGAAGCAAUGUCUGGCGAGCGAAGACCCUUCUGUGUGUCCGCUCUGUUUUAUAAAGUUUGGCUGGUUCACCAACUCAGGGGAUGUGUGUCCGGUUCCAGCCUGCCAACUCAAAGUUUGUAAUAGCUGCCGGAUAACCGUCCACGAUUCUUGGAUCUGUCUGUUAUGUCACAAAGAAAAAGAUCUGAAAGCACAAGCAGGGUAUUGGUUCCAACAGCCGGCUAAAAACAAGAAACGUGUUAAAACAGGAACAGACAUAUUAAAGAAGUCUCUGGAUACAACCCAGUAUGGAACUAGGAAGCAGACCAGUCCUUCCCUGCUGGAUCUAGUAAAGAACGAGGAUAUAAACCCACCGGAUUCGAUAGAAGCAGACGGUCCACUCUCAUCCCAUAACACUCAGGAACCAACCCCUCACACCUCGGACCAGACAGGAAGGAACUUGAAAGCGCCCCACAUACGGGAUAUCAAGGGGCAGAGUUUAUCAGCAGAUAGUGGUUUCAUUAACGAUGAUCAGACUAAGGAAGAUUCAGGGAUCCUCGAGUUGGUAAGUGAGGAUGACGACACAGACUCAACACAGUUUCACAGAUACCUCAUGGCGCGUAGUGUAGCGCCGGACGAAUUAGCGCCCCAAGCAGACACCCCACCCUCAACCCCACACGUGGAGAAGAGAGCUAAACCCCCGGACACCCCCAACAGAAACCACGAACCCCGAAACGACUCCCAUUCUUCUCACAGUCACCACCAGGAGCACGAGCCGAGUAUGUCCGCUGGAGCGUCGUCAAGUAACAUUUCCUGUGAGAGUAUCUCCCCCUCCCCCACCAUGAUAAAAGCGAACACGAAAGACAGAACAAUAUUUGGAGAACUGUCGAUAGGUCUCGUUUUCAACGACCAAGUCAGCACGCUCGAUGUUCACAUAAACGAAGCUAGGAAUCUCACCGGCGUCGACGGAAAUCCUCCUAAUUGCUAUGUGAAAACGUAUCUGUUACCGGACAGAAGUAAGACUGCUAAACGGAAAACAAAAACGAAGAAAAGAGCAACUAAUCCCGUGUUUAACGAGAUAUUCCAAUACAAAGCGCCCUCAAUGGAAGAUCUGUGUAGCAUGACACUUUGGUUAACAGUGUGGGACACGAGGCAGCUAGGGCACAACAUGUUCCUGGGAGAGGUGCGGAUACAACUAGAUAGUAUCCAGAUCACAACACUAACCCCCACCUGGUGGCAACUCAAGCACCUGGAAGAUUCCCAUUUCCGGGGUUCCAUUCUCUUGGGACUAAUGUACUGUCCAUCACCGGAUGACAAGAAAAAGAAGAAAACAUGCCUGAAACUCAAAGUAGUGGAGGCAAGAGAUUUACCUCUGAUGGACAAUAACCGCACUAACCCUUAUGCUGCACUGUAUUUGAUACCAAAGACCGAGUCCAAAGACCACAAGUAUAAACUGCAGAUGAAGAAAAAUACUGUUAAUCCGAAAUGGAAUGCCGAAGUGAACUUCAAUUGCUUGGAUUCAGCCGAAAUUGAUGAUAACGGAAUAGAGAUUCAGAUGCUUCAUUUAGGAAAGGUUGAAAAGCAGAAGCAAUGUGUUCUGAUAGGUGUGGUCAGACUCUGUCAACACAAGAUCAACAUCAAUUCAGCUCUAGAUGGACGAGGCAUCGAGGUUUUACAUUGGAAAGAAGCGCUCUCAAAGCCAGGAGUUUGGGUCGAAAAAUGGCAUAAUCUACGGAGUUGGGAAUGAAAUUAGUGGGUAUUUUCAAAAUACCCACAUUCUCUACAACAAUUCGCCACUUCCAGGAGAAGAACUAGGAAAUAGUUGCGCUCCUCAGUGACUAAACUAAUUUUGUAAAUUGUACCUGUAAUUACGGAGAUGACGCGAGUGUUUUGCAGAAGUUUAGGAGUAUUUAACCGCAAAUUUUUAAUUUUAUUUAUAACGUAGUACAUUGUUGAGUUUUGAGCGCAUUUUGAACAUUUUGAACACACACACUGUGAAGAUGAUACCUUGGGCUAUCCACUGAGUUCCUGACCAAGUUAAUACCUUUCGGGUAACAAUGGUUAUGCAUUUCGAUAUAAUGGUUGUAAUGGCUGUGAUACUAAUAGGUGUAAUGGUUGACAUGGUUGUAUUCUGUUGAUAUUUUUGGUCGUGUUGUUUUAUUAACAAACGAUUCUUACGAGUAUCUUCUUGCCUAUUGUUUAUUUGCUGCUCUUUUAUCCUUUUGGGGUUCUGACACUUUGUGAAUGUGUUCUUGGGUGCACUAAUUUUUACCUCAUUAGUCAUUACGUUUUUAAAGCCAGGUCUAGCCUGCACUAAAAAUCUAACCCCAACAAGGGGUACUUAAAACACACAUCGGACUUAGCACUUUUACCGAGGAGGGGGGUUCUCAACACUUUUUUACACCAUACAUAACAAAAAGGCAAAAGCGUAGUGUAAAAAAGUAGGUAG